AAUGGCUGAAGAGAAAGAGAUUGAAAUAAAGGAAGAGAAGGAGUAAACCUAAGAACAUCACCAUGAUCAUGAUCAUGAUCACGAUCAUGAUCACGAACAUUCAGAUGAUGGUCACGAUCAUGAUCAUUAAGGAGGAGAUGAUAAAGACAAGAAGGCUAAUAGAGGAGAGAAGAAAUUCAAAAAGUCUAUGCUCAAAUUAGGAAUGAAGCCAGUAGCUGGAAUCACUAGAGUUACAAUUAAAAGAGGAAAACAAUUCCUUCUCUAUAUUGAUAACCCAGAAGUAUUAAAAUCAGCAAAUGUUGAUAAUUCUUACAUUGUUUUUGGAGAAGCUAAAGUAAAUGAUCCAUAAAGUUAAAUUGGAAAGAAGGAAGCUGAUAAUUUGGCUUAAUAAGUGUAUUAAAUCAAUUUCUAAAAUGUAGUACCAAAUAAGUCGAAGAAAAACAUGAAUAAUAAUAGGCAUAAAAUCCAGAAUAAAUUAGUGAUGAAGGUAUUCCACCUGAAUCAAUUAAAAUGGUUAUGGAACAUUGUAAAUGUGAUAGAAGUAAAGCAGUGGAAGCACUUAGAAAAUCUGAUAAUGACACUGUUUAAGCCAUUCUCACCUUAACUGGAUGAU